AUGAGUAGCAGCGAUAAAUUCCUUCUUCUGGACCCAAAGAACCUUCUCCCCAGCCAGUUUAUCCCAACCUUACUGGGACGUGUAUGCGACAGCCCAAAUCAGCCAUGGGCCAAUUACUUCCCUGAGGACCCCUCGUCUUUCUACAGCAGCACUGCGGCUCCCUUCCAUAUCAAGGCGCGGUCUACCUCCAUCCUUCUUGGCCGCAAUACUACGGCCUUUGCUCGUUUUCUCAUCGAAGACCUGUUGUCCGUGGAGAGGGAGAAGGCAAAGAAGCCCACCGCCAACUGGUUCGGGGAGCUAGCUCGCGUUUUCAACCUGCCCCAGGAGAGAGAAGUUCUCAGUAAGAUGCUGCUUGAUCCACAAUUCAAGGAGAAAGCAGAGCAAUGGCUCGACGACAGCAGGCACCUAUACAUGAUCACGGGGUUCGUGACUAUCGUCAAUGCCUCAUGCCAUGUUACCAAUUCCGAGACUUCCAGUGCUGGAUUCGACACAUCGAUCACAAAGGCGCUAGAAGCCGCCAUUCUUGGUGUUGGGGGCGUACCAGUGGAGCUACCGUCCAUCUCCGUCGAAUGGCGGAAUCAGAGCGACAAGUCGGUAGAUUGGAGCGCCACAUAUGCUGGCGAGUCGAUUAUUGCCAUUCGGUACCGUCAGCUGCAGCGUAAAGGGCUAAUUCUAGCCAGACUGCUUAAAGGCGAAAUCACGAUGAGAAAGAGUCUGGAUAUCCGAGGGUCGGAGGAUAUGAUGUUUGGGCCACAAGAUAAAAAGGACACCCAAGAGGUCAAGGAGUGGGAGGUCUGCAUGUCCGAUGGUUUAGAUGAUGACGAGAAGGGAGAAGUUGUCUUGUCACCGAGCUACGAGGUUGAGCUGCAAGCGAGGGACGGGAAUGUCAUGACAUCGCUGGGGCUUGAUUGA